CUUCCACAAUUUUCUUUUCUUUUCAUUCCCUUGUCUUUUUUUCCGGCUGCGCAGUCGCGCAGUGGCAUAAUGCGGGCGAGUGAAGAAGGGUCUCGUCUUAGGCAGGAUCUCUGUCAAGGUGGAGAACAGAAGUAUCUCAACCUAAGUGUACACAACAUCACAGUGGAGUCAGUUCGGCUGUAUUCGCACGCAGUCACCUAUUUCCAUCACUUUAAAGCGCUCAUUCAAGUCCGGCUUAUCUUAUAUCCAGUCCACGGGGUGUUAAGCUUGACAAUGAGGCGUAUCUGCAAGCGAAAUUGAUGCCGCAUGAACACUUAAGGAUUGGGGAACCGUAACAAUGUGGAGGAGGGUGCAACUUGAAUGCCAAUAUGAUGGAUUAAGGGACGGUCCGUGUCUAAGAUAAUGGAGGCAUUCCGAUAUGGGACAUCUUAAGGUGGGCUUUCAUUUCGGAAUUUCAUAAAUAGAAAGGUAGCCGGACCAUGAAACCACACGUGGGCUCUCAAAAGCUUGCAACAAAGGGGCAGCAGUAGCAGCAGCAGCAGCAGCAGAGCUUAUACUUCGAAAAGAGGUCUUCAUGCCUGCUACGGUCAGAUAUGACGCCAAGAGGAAGGACGCUGGUGUGAUCCAUCCAUCCAUCGAAACUACAGUCGAAGAAAAAAAUGCUCAAGUUACUAGACGAUGAGCUUGAGCUGACGCACAAGGUGUUGCAAUUGCAUAAAUGCGCGAAGAAUCACACGUAGACAACUAAACAUUCACCUACCGCUUCCUCUCCCGCUCCCAACAAAAGAUUCGACACGGCCAGUACAACAACAGAGCCUGAAAGGUUCAAAUUCAAAGGUUCGUAGAAAGAGUAAGAUAACAUUUCUUUCUUUUUUUCUAUGCAUGGCAUGGCAUCGCAUCGCAUCGCUUGCCGCAUUGUUUUCUGGGUGGUAUAUAUUUUUGUGGACAAAGAGGAGAGAUUGAUCUCUUCCAAUUGCCAUUGCCAUUGUCAGCCACCGGUCCUUUGUGUUAGGUGACUCGAAUUUACUCCCUGUGCAUUUAUCUUGCGAUUUUUUCAAAUCCCUCACACAUUUAGGUGGUCGGAGUUCUGAUUGCAACGUAGAAAGAAGUUGUUGCAGUCGAGUGAGAGACCCGACCCGACCCGGCUCGGGCGGGAUUUGGAGGAGCAUUAUUGAAGCCAUUAGCGGGCGGAUUACCGGACAUGAUGACUAAACUAACGGCGACGAGAGGUGUGCAUUUAGUGGCGCCUGGAAAUUUGGAGAGAGGCCAUUCAAGGCAAGCACUAAAGGGUCAUCAAACCCAAUAGCCAGGGGCAGCUGGCAAUCAUACUUGUGCCAUCAACUGUGUGCAGCCUCCUCCAGAUAAGUAUCCUCUGUUGAUUUCAAUUCCACCCAUGCAUGCUCAGCUAAUACCUUCGCUGGUAAUUUAGACAACAGGCCGGUUCUUAGCGUGAAAGAUGGGAUCUUUGCCAUGCAACACCAAGGGGCAUGUGUGUUCAGUCUAGUCGGCUCGGAACACUGGAGGGAAUCUAAUAUAUCAUCGCUGGUAGCGGUGGUAAGGUAAGGAUUCAAGGAAGGUGGGCAGUAGUAUAUGUGCCCGUAGAGGCUAGAGAAUCACAGGGGUAGUAGGAUAGUUUUAAGUUUUUCCUCAGGUGAGUUUCGGACGGAGCAGUAGUAUUGAUAUAGAUAGAUAUGCGAUCAUUUCAUAUCAUAUCAUAGAAUUAGUAUAAAAGGAAAGUCAGGCUAGAGACUAGUAUAGUACCUUAAAGGUGAUGACGGUAAUCGUAUUUGGCCGGGCACAGUCUAUAUAAUAGCUCUAACAGGGGGAGGGGGGGACAGGGAGAGAGAAGGGCUUGCGAUAGAUAGAUAGCUCGGUCCAGCCGACUGGCCGGUUACUCAACUCAGUUCUAUCUCAUACUCAGCUGAGCAGCAAGUCGAAGAAGCACAGUCAAGUUGAGCGAGCGGAGUUGAGUGAGGAGAGAUUGGAUCGAAGAAGAAGACGAGACGAGACGAAUGUUUGAAAGAGGGAGGAGGUGCAUCCCAUCAAGCCAGUAAAUGUGGAAGUUAAGAGCCUGGGGCCCCUGUGCGUAGCGUGAAGGAGAUGGCAGCAUUCAAUGCCAAUGGAAGCCUCCUCUUCUUCUACUACCACUUCCAUUGACAGACAGACCUCUUCAUCCAUCAUCCGCCGCUGCUGCGCCGCUAGUAUUGCUUUGCUUCUUCUCCGGGGUAAAGCCGCUUCUUCUUCCAUUCUUUCCUUGCGCUGCUAAAGUUUGCUCGGUAAAUUCCCACUCUUUUUGCAGCAGCCGCCGUCGCCGCCGCCGCUGCUGCUGCUGCUGCUGCUGCUAUAUUGCUAUAGAGUCAGGGGGGAAGGAGCUCGUGAAAUUGCAUUGAGAGGUGAUGGCUGUGGCACUGGAAGUCGGGUGGGGCAGUGGUGAGCUCGGUGGUAUUGCUCGCAUGAGCAAGAAACGAGCUUGGGGCGAUGAUCAUCAGAAGCUGCUGGAGAUGAUGCUGGGGAAGCCCUUUGAUGAAUCCGGCGUUGGAAGGCACCACACUUUGGACCUGCUAGGUGGACGAGCGGCUUCGAAUACUACCAUGACAACGGAUGGUGAAGAACAACAAUCGGAUUUUUUGGAGCUCGGCCAGGAUGUUCCGCUUCCGAAAGGAUGGGAGAAAAGACUCGACUUGAAGUCUGGAACGGUCUUUUUCAUCAAUUGGAACACUGGCAAGACCACCUGCAAUGAUCCUCGCGAAGGCCACUCUUGCUCACCCGCAGAGCCACCGUUUGGAUCGCCUCCAGCAGCCUCCUGUCACAUGUCCCUGGAGCUACUGCAAUCCGAACUUGGAAAGCAGGCGGCGGCGGUCAAGAGAAAGAAUGGUGGCGAAGCCACACAGCUGUGGAGGAGGAAAAAGCAAGGCGACGACGGCGACGACGCUGCUGCUAAUGCGGAUCAUCCAAACCCGAUUUACAAGGAGGACAGGGAGAACGAGAGCGAGAGUGGUGGUCUCGACCUCAAGCUCAAUCUGUCGAGCAACCAGGAGGAGGAUGCCAGCAGCGUCGUCACCACCACCUCUUCCGAGUGCCUCUGCCUGCUCCCGCCCGCCGCAUCGUCUCCCCGGUCGUCUCCAUCGCCUCCGCCAAGCCAACCGGCCAAGGUCACCCUCACUGGUUGCAAGCGGUGCCUCAUGUACGUGAUGAUCUCGCAGUUGGAUCCCAGGUGUCCCAAGUGUGGGAGCUCCGUGAUCAUGGACUUCCCGGUGCCAAAGAAGCAGCGAAAGUUUGAUCUGGAGCUAUGAGCAGAGGAGCACAGCUUUGUUAGGAGGAGACGUGACCAACCAAAAGGAUUCUCGAGAGACAGGCACACUUUUUAAGCAAUCAAGAGCAAGAGACGAUGAUGUAA